GAAUACAAUGGGCUGCGUUCAAUACGGCGAUGUUCUCGAAGCCCUAAUCACUUUCUAUUAAUACCGAUUCCCAUCAUCUUCUUCUCUUCCCAUCUUACCUGUUCUCUUUGCAGUCGCCUCAUCUCGUUUUCCUUUUCCAAGAUGUCGGCCUACUGCGGCAAAUACCAUGAUGAACUUAUUGCCAAUGCUGCUUACAUUGGUACGCCAGGCAAGGGUAUUCUUGCUGCUGAUGAGUCCACUGGUACAAUUGGCAAGCGCUUAGCCAGCAUCAAUGUGGAGAACGUCGAGUCCAAUCGUCGUGCUCUGCGUGAACUUCUCUUCUGCACUCCUGGGGCCCUCCAAUACAUCAGUGGUGUUAUCCUCUUUGAGGAGACCCUUUAUCAGAAAACAGCCAGUGGCAAACCAUUUGUUGAUGUCCUCAAGGAAGCUGGUGUUCUGCCAGGCAUCAAGGUAGACAAGGGAACCAUUGAGCUUGCUGGCACCAAUGGAGAGACUACAACCCAAGGCCAUGAUGACCUUGGCAAACGCUGUGCUAAGUAUUAUGAGGCCGGUGCUCGCUUUGCCAAGUGGCGUUCUGUCCUCAAGAUUGGCCCCACCGAGCCAUCCCAGCUAGCGAUCAACUUGAACGCUGAUGGUCUAGCACGAUAUGCCAUCAUCUGUCAGGAGAAUGGCCUGGUUCCUAUCGUGGAGCCAGAGAUCCUUGUUGAUGGUCCCCAUGACAUCAAGCUCUGCGCAGAUGUCACCGAGCGGGUGGUUGCAGCUUGCUACAAGGCACUCAAUGAUCACCAUGUCCUUCUGGAAGGAACUCUGCUGAAACCAAACAUGGUGACUCCAGGCUCUGAUGCUGCAAAGGUUGCACCUGAGGUGGUUGCUGAAUACACUGUGCGGGCUCUCCUGAGGACUGUCCCAGCAGCAGUUCCAGCCAUUGUUUUCCUUUCUGGGGGUCAGAGUGAGGAGGAAGCCACUUUGAACCUGAAUGCGAUGAACAAGCUCAAGGGGAAGAAGCCGUGGUCACUUUCCUUUUCAUUCGGACGUGCAUUGCAGCAGAGCACUCUCAAGACAUGGCAAGGCAAAGAGGAGAAUGUGCAGAAGGCCCAGGCUGCUUUCCUAGCUCGGUGCAAGGCGAACUCAGAGGCAACCCUUGGGGCAUACAAGGGUGAUGCUGCUCAAGGAGGCCUUGCAUCAGAAAGCCUCCAUGAGAAGGAUUACAAAUACUAGGCCAACUUUUCUUUAAUGAGGAUUUCAGUUUGUGGUUUUGUCAUGUGUUUAUUUUCUCCGUAGUUUGUCAAUAAGUUGGAACUGCAAAUGCAUCAUGCAGCCAUACUUUCGGAAAUAUCUGCUCUUUUAAUUGGUCUGGAAUUUUGCUUCUGUUGGGUUUGGUAUUAUUCUAUCUUUGCUACAGAAACUAUUGCUGUGCGUGGAGUGUCAGAUUCCAUACCUGUUUAUGACAUUUAAAGCUAGGUGGCGAGCAA